ACUGAGUUGAGUUAUUCAACUGGGACCGGAGAAGAAAAAACAAGAAGCAGUUCUAGUACGUUCUAGCUAGCCGGUCGGCCAUGGCGAGCAGCAUCGGCGUCGUCAUCCUGCAGCUCCUGCUAUUCAUCACACAACCGUUCACGGCGUCCGCCGACGUGUUCUGCGACAACCUCAAGCUCGUCGCCGCAAAGCUCCCAAACAACACCGCCUCCUCCCCAUCCCACUUCGCCACGGCCACCUUGGGCCAGUCCCCGGACACCGUCUACGCCAUGGCGCUCUGCCGCGGCGACAUCCUCGGCAACGACACCGCCUGUGGCGACUGCGUGAACGGCACCAUAAACCGGCUCGUGAACCAGACCCCGUCCCCGCAGGACCAGUGCUACAAGGCGUCCUACUACUACGGCGACCCCUGCACCGUGAUCUACUCGUUCAAUCUCAGCAUCCUCGCGCCAUUCAACGCCACGGUCGAUGACGACGAGCCGUUCGAGAAGUGGAACAUCAAGAACGUCACGGGCGACGGCAUCGCGGGGCUCGUCCGCCGGCUGCUUGUGGACACCGUGGAGAGCGCCGCGGCGUCAAACGGGAGGUUUGCCACGGGCGUGAUGGACAGCCGCACUACGUUCCCGCUGGUGCGCUCCCUGGCGCAGUGCACGCCGGACAUAUCUGCUCAAGACUGCGGGGCGUGCCUGCGCAGGCUGCUGGGCACCGUCAACGCCACCAUGGCGCUGCGCAUGGGCGGGCAGCUCCAUGUCGUACGAUGUUACUUCAGGUACGAGACUUACCCGUUCUACACUGGGGAACCCAUGCUGAAGAUCGACGCGGCAUCGGCGCCGCCUCCGGCUCCGGCUCCAAAACACAAGGAUAAUAUGAGCAAGCUGUGGAUAAUUCCCGUAGUUGCGGUUCCUCUAGCGGCAGCUGCAUUCCUCUGCCUCCUCUGUUACUAUCGACGGCUCACAAGGCAAAGAAAAGGUAAACUGACGAGAUUACAAGGAUCAAGGCGUGCUCAGGAUUCCGAAGGAGAGGAACAACUAGUUUGGGAAGGGAACAAUUCAGACUUCUCGGUCUUUGAAUUUGAACAGGUACUGGAGGCCACAAAUAAUUUUGCUGAAGAAAACAAACUUGGAGAAGGUGGCUUUGGCUCUGUCUACAAGGGCCAGUUUCCCGAGGGAUUGGAGAUAGCAGUUAAGAGACUUGCUUCACAUUCAGGACAAGGUUUUGUAGAGUUCAAAAAUGAAGUCCAGCUCAUAGCCAAACUCCAGCACAGGAAUUUGGUUAGGCUCUUAGGAUGUUGCUCUCAAGAAGACGAGAAAAUUUUGAUCUAUGAAUACUUGCCAAACAAGAGUUUGGAUUUCUUCAUCUUUGAUGAAAAUAAAAGAGCUCUACUGGAUUGGCCCAAACUUGUAGCAAUAAUUGAAGGAAUAGCACACGGACUUCUUUACCUACAUAAGCAUUCCCGUUUGCGUGUCAUACAUCGAGACCUUAAACCAAGCAACAUUCUCUUGGAUAGCGAAAUGAAUCCAAAAAUUUCGGAUUUUGGUCUCGCAAAAAUAUUUGACUCAAAUAACACCGAAGGAAAUACUACAAGAAGAGUGGUUGGUACAUAUGGCUACAUGGCUCCUGAGUAUUCUUCGCAGGGCGUCUUCUCUAUUAAAUCCGACGUCUUCAGUUUUGGUGUUAUUAUUUUUGAGAUCCUUAGUGGAAACAGGAAUUCUGGUAGCCAACAAUAUGGAGAUUUCAUCAAUCUCCUUGGAUAUGCAUGGCAACUAUGGGAAGAGGAAAGGUGGAUUGAUCUUGUUGAUGCAUCACUGGUUUCCAAGAGUAACUCGAGAGAGAUCAUGAGGUGCAUUAACAUAGCAUUGUUGUGUGUACAAGAGAAUGCAGCCGAUCGACCAACCAUGGCUGACGUUGUUGCAAUGCUAAGUAGUGAGACUAUGAUCAUGGAUGAGCCUAAGAAGCCAGCAUAUUUCAACAUAAGGGUGGGAAAUGAAGAGGCAUCCACUACUAGCGACUCACGUAGUAUUAACGAUAUGACCAUAUCCGCCACAAUCCCUAGAUAGUGUUUUCCCCAUGUCAUGUUAUUUUUGCCGUCCCAAACAUACUAUCCAAUGAUACUGUAACUAUUUCAUAAUGCUUAGUUUAAGUGGUGUUUAUAAUGUGAUACUAUGUACUCUCGAGAGUAGGAAAGAGGCUUCCCCGUUGGAUUACAGAAUAGUUGAUUUUACCUAAUUGUCUUUGAUUAUUUCCCUUUC